GAGGGCGCGUUGAGAGAAGUAUGACAAAAUUCGCACAGUGUUGUCGCUCUCAAAUUCCUCUCUGGUAAGAGUAGGUUCACAGUUGAAUAUUAUGUAGCUAAACGAAACAAACACAGUGCAGAGUUCUACAACUUUUAUAGAAGAUUGGCUAAACGCGUAGCCUACGAGAGGAAUAGCGAAUGUGAUUCAUCCGUAUAUAGACGCUUGUGAACGUGAUUCUCCAUUAAGAAUACGAUUUUUGUAAGGACGCAUUUUUGUUCAUUUCGUUACUAAUUCGUUAUACAGGUUAGGGUCCAACGAUACUUCGUUAUCGUCAGUUUAGUUGUUCACAGAAACGAGAUCCUUUGUGUAUUCUUGAUUUCAUGAACCACACGUAAUAAGAUGCAGAUGUAACAAUAUAAUAUAUAUGUCGAUUGACAUACAAGUAAUUGGCCAGUAAUAUCCUGGCUCAAAAACAUUCGCAUACGAAUCAAAUAAACCUAGGACAGUUUGGUACACAUCAAAUGACAAGUACCAUGGGUGGAGCUUAUGUACGUACACCGCAAUCUAUCUUUCAACAUAUGAUGAGUCAGCAAAAUACACAGCAACAACAGGCUGGACAGUGGAUGCAAAUGCCCCAAGUACCACCAAUUAGCAUCCCAUGGAGUAUACCAGCCUUGCAGCAACCAGAAGUGAUUAGGUUCACAGGAGAAACUAGUUAUGGACCAAUAGUCCAUCAAAAGAGGAAGUUAGAAGUGCUAGAUCGUAUAGAUAUCAAUCGUUGUACAAAACAGUUUAUAACAGAAGAAAAAAUGGCUGCACACUUCAAAGAUCUACACAUCAGUGGCAAUGGUCGGUCUGAGAGCUCUACAUCAUCAACUUCGACAGUCGAUAGAUCUUUCUCACACAAGCAAUCAGAUAUGGAUUUGGAUGUUGAUACAACAAAUAAUACAAUAAAUACUGACCAAACAAAUAUACAUCCAAGAUUGGUUCUUUCAGAAGAGCUGAAGCGAAUGCAACAAGAACCUAUCCUUCCAUCAACUCUUCUGUCUAAAUUGGAAAGGCCCUCCAUGGCUCUAGUCCUUUGGGAACCACCAAGUAAGCAUCUUCGUAUCUUGCCGACAAGAGAUACUCCGACGCCUAUCCCAAGUACAUCAGAUGACAAUAAUAAUAAUAAUAAUAAUAAUAACAUUAAUAAUAAUAACAAUAACAACAGUGACGCCAUUCCCGAUUUAAAUCGUAUAUCGUCCGACAGUGUCCAAUCAACAUUUGAGCCAAUGGAAUUAUGAGGAUCUCCAGUUGAUUCAACAAACUUCAUCUACGUAUAUUGAAAACAGAAAAAUAUAAAUAAUAUAUUCUCUCUAAGAAGAUAAUUCUCUUCAAUAGUGAAGUAGGUCUUAGAAUAAGGAAUAUAAUAGUAAUCGUUUGAGUCAUAUUGCGUUUGUGUGUAAAUUAGGAAUUCAGAUUUUCAAGAUCAAAAAUGGCAUUGUUUUGUUUCCAUGUAAUAAUUCUGGAUUACUACUUACUACAGUCGGAUAUUACUGGAUGUUACUUCAAUUAUACAUUUUUUCGCGCUUUUGUUCGCAAAGUAUAUUGUCUUUUUUUUCUUUUUUUUUUUUUUUUUAAUGUAAUAUCU